AUGUCCGCUAUCCUGCAUUUGCGCGGCUCUGCCUACCGUCGACUAUUCAGGUCUGUUCGCUUUGCUGGAACAUUGAACAGUGCCCCUUCUACAAAGCCCGAGCCAACAUUACCCGGUUCAACAUUCUAUGUAAGUCAGUUUUCUCGUCCAAGGCAAUGCGCGAAACUUUGGAAAUCAAACCUUGCGGUUAUCAAACGGAAGUAAUGACGUUCCCGACGAUUGAUAACUCUAUUAUUUGGCAGACCCAAUUAACUUUUCUAAACCUUUGUUCAGGUGACGUAAAGUUAUGUUUUUAGCACAAGGACCUUGAAACCAUCGUUGCCGGACCGGGUCAACUUCAAAUAAAGCCGAAAAAUGUUGAUGAAAUUAAAUUCGGUCACUGUUUCUCAGAUCACAUGGUUGAGAUCGACUGGACGGCUGAAAGUGGAUGGCAUAGACCGCUUUUAUCUCCAUUACACAACUUUCAAUUCCACCCUGGAGCCAAGGUUUUACACUAUGCAAUACAAUUGUUCGAAGGCAUGAAGGCUUACAGAGGAGUGGAUGGAAAGAUACGAUUGUUCAGACCCGAGAUGAAUAUGGCCAGAAUGAGACGAACUGCUGCUCGCUCAGCCUUGCCUGUAAGUUAAUGGCCCAAGUUAAUUAAAAUUUUGGAUAGACAAAUUCCCAGAGGGAACAAAUCAAUGAAAUAAUCUGACGGUCUUACUUUUUCAGGAUUUUGAUGGAGAAGAACUGAUAAAGAUCAUCGGAGAAAUGAUUAGGGUGGAUAAAGAGUGGGUUCCCUACUCAACCACUGGGUCUUUAUACCUUAGGCCAACUCUUAUUGGAACAGAGGUAACUUUUAUAUACCCUAUAUCUUUCCGUCACCUCCCAGUUUCUCAUUGCUUAUAAUAUAAGAUUUUUUUAGGGCACAUUAGGAGUUGCUCAUUCUAACUCAGCUAAACUUUUUGUUCUUUCUGGUCCCGUUGGUGCUUAUUACCCUACCGGAUUGAAGCCGAUUUCCCUCUUGGCCGACUCGAGUUACAUUCGUGCCUUUCCUGGAGGCGUUGGUGCUUACAAAAUGGGAUGUAACUACGCCCCAACGAUAUUGGUUGGAAAGCAAGCUGCUGAGUUGGGUUGCCAACAAGUCCUCUGGUUAUUCGAUGAUGAUGAGAAACUAACAGAGGUCGGAACUAUGAAUAUUAUGGUCUACUGGACGAACGAAAAUGGAGGUUGGUACAACAAGUUGUAUAUAACUAAUUGCCAUUGUUUUUGUUAAUUUUUUAUCCUUUUAGAAGAAGAAUUGGUGACCCCUCCCUUGUCCGACGGCCUUAUUCUUCCCGGAGUUACCCGCGACAGUCUUCUCGACAUCUGCCGAGAAUGGAACGAAUUCAAAAUCACCGAACGUUACCCCACCAUGGAGGAAGUGAGACGUGCAAUCAAAGAGAAAAGGGUAUGUUAUAAAUCAUACGCCGGUUUAGAAAUCGAUUGUUACAACCGUCUAGAUGUAGUUUCUAUUUUGACCUCACAUGCUCGAUCUCGAACAUUUCGUAAUGUUUAUAAAAAAGUUUAUAUCUGCAGGUGAAGCAGAUCUUUGGUGCCGGAACAGCAUGUAUCGUCUCUCCAGUAGGACGGAUUCUUUACCAUAACAAAGAGACCAAUGAAUACGAAGACCUCUUCAUCCCCACAAUGACUGCCGGCAAUGUGAUGCAACGGCUUUACGACACAAUCUUGGACAUCCAAUAUGGGAGAAUCGAGAAGCCCGGAUGGAUGAGGGAAGUCGCCUGA